CAUCAUCGGAUCUAGAUUCUAGAAUGGGAAUGACGAUCGAUUGGCUGACCUUGCUGGCUCUCUAUCUCAGUGCAUCAACAAACUGGGCGCUGGAAAUACCCCAACACAAUUGCUCGCACUUCACCUAUCGACAGCUGCCAAGUGGCCAGUGGAUCGGAGUCUUCCAGGCGCCCAAAAGCGGAAUCCUUGAAUUUGACUGGAAGGUCACAUUCAUUAUACCCGGGGCCCCAGAGGGUAGGAUGAGAUUUCUCCAGCACUUUCCCAAUGAAGAAGAAAACCUGGCUAAUAUACGGAACGGAGGCAGGGCCCAAGUAUUCGCAACUUUGCAGGAAUCCGACAACAAAUUACCCGCGCUUCAAAUAGUCACGCUGAAUGACGAGUUGCUUUGUAGGAACAUAGGAACAUUUCCAAAUUACUCUUCCAAAAACGUAGGCAUAGAUUUUGCAUUGUUGUCUUGGGUCGUCCAGCAACCCCAGGUCCGGUCGGACUUCGAAGAGUGCGGACAGGAGGGCUUUGCGGCGACUCAGCAUGGAGGUAACCUCGUCACAAGGGGCCAAUACCCUUGGUUGGCGGCCCUUCUCGAGGGCACCUCCUCAAUUAACUACAUAUGUGUGGUUUCCGUCAUCUCCAAACGGACCGUGAUCACGGCAGCCCACUGCAUCUAUGACAAGCCCGCCAGCCAGCUGUGGGUCUAUCUGGGCCGGCACGACCGCAACCAGAAAACAGAGGAUGGGGCCAAGUUGGUCAGCGUGUCCAAUGUUCUAACUCCACCACAGUACAGCGGCAAUCCCCUUCCAGACUCAGAUGUGGGUUUACUGGUGCUGAAACAUCCGAUUUGGUACACAAGGUACAUUCGGCCCCUGUGCCUGUGGAGCUCUGAGUUACCUGUGCCCCCGAGAGAAGGUGACACCGGAUCGGUGGCUGGAUGGGGAUACGAUGAGUCUGGCUUAAAGACACGCUAUCCCAAGGCAGUGAGUGUGCGUCUGGUGCCCAGGGAUCAGUGCGUCACGAAGAUGAAAAAGGCCCAGGACUUUAUAACGGAACGGACGGUCUGUGCUGGUAACUCGGAGUCGCAGGGUCCCUGCUUUGGUGACUCUGGAGGAGCGCUGAUCGUCCUGCGAAAUAACCGCUGGGUCAUGCGAGGAAUCGUUUCCCUAUCGCAAAGUCGGGGAGAAAACUGCGACCUAAGCAAUUAUGUCAUCUACUGCGACGUUUCACAGCAUCUCGAUUGGAUCGAGCAGAAUAUUGUGAGAUAAUGAUAUCAAAAUCAAUAUCGACUCACGAUAAGUAUAAUUAGUUUAUAGAUUCAGUUUAAUUUCAUUUUAAAAAUUCUAAAUAUCAAGCAAUAAAAAUACACAUUAAA